UCCCCGCCCCGCCGACGGUGGCCGAAGGGCUGCGGCAGCCCUGGAGAUGUUGCUCCCCACUGCGCUAUAUUCGCGCCUGGCCGGGGCGCCCGGGGCAGCCGAACCGCUGCCCGUGGAGCGAAACCCUGCAGCUGGGGCGGCGCCCUUCCUGUUCACACCGCGCCUCGUCCGCUUCCCACGGGAUCACGAGUUCUUUGAGGAUGGGGAUGUGCAGCGGCACCUCUACUUGCAGGACAUGCUCACGCAAGUGUCCGAGACGCCGGAGAAGUCCAUGGUGCCUGAGUUCACCUGCCAGGUGGCUGGCUGCUGCCAAGUGUUCGCUGCCUUAGAAGACUACCAGCACCACUACCACAUGUCUCAUGGAAACACCUGCUCCCUCUGCAGCCGUGCCUUCCCCUCUGGGCAUUUGUUGGAUGUGCACAUCCUGGAAUGGCACGACUCUCUAUUCCAGAUCCUGGCCCAGAGGCAAGAUAUGUACCAGUGCUUGGUUGAAGGCUGCCCAGAGAAGUUCAGGACCAGCCAAGACCGGAAGGAUCACAUGGUGAGGCUCCACUUGUACCCUGCGGAUUUCCGAUUUGAUAAGCCCAAGACAAACAGAGGCCCAGCCAUGCCAGCAGCAGCAGACCCACCAGCCAGAGCCCUGAAAGAUGACAGUGAUGCUAUGGAAAUCUGCUCUGAACCUGCUGCCCCACCUCCCUGCAGGCGGACCUACAGUCACAGAAUACCUUCUACUGUCUGUUUUGGCCAGGGUGCAGCUAGAGGCUUUAAAAGCACUAAGAAAAGAAACAAACACCCCUGAUGGAUCCUGGUGAGGAAAGCCAGACAGACUUUCAAGGAGUGGUGUGCCAGGGCCUUUCUCUUGCUUCUGGAUAGCUGCCCUGAGCUGGACCCUUGCCACCUUCUUAUUUCCAUAUCUGAUCACAUGAAGCAGCCAGUGUGUAGAAACCCAGAAUCUGCAGAUUCCAGAAAUAACCAGGACACACUGAAGGAAUGAGAUGGAGAAACCACCUACCUGCUUCGUGGGAGCUGCUCUAAGAAUGUCACUAUUAAACAUAUGAAAUAACAUUUUUCACUAAUGAUCUCUAUUCUUCUUCCUAUAUUCUUGACAGAAAAGGGAAUGAUUAUGGACUAUGACUAUUUUGUUUUCAACACAAAGUUUUAGGGAGACUUGUAGUUCCUGCAUCCCACAGAAGCUGUGAGGUAGGGGUUCAGAACAGCCACAGGUGAAUCCAGGAUUCUUAUGCUCUAAGAGACAUCCUUGUUGUCCCUGUGCCCUGCUCAGGCAGUUAAACCCCACUGAGACAUGGUAUCUGGAAGAGUGCAGGAAGAAACCCUAGGAGGGAUAUUGACACACACUGCAGGGCUGUUGAGGGAGUUGUGGAGUAGAUAAAGAGAGAGCUCAUGGGUACAGGUCCUACCAAAAAUGUAAAAUAAAACAAAAAACCUAGCUCAGGUCUUUGACCAAUAAAAUCCAUCUUUCCUGGGAAACCACAAGCUUGGGAAAGCUAAACACAGGAGGGCCAUCCUUACCAAAACCAUGAUCUAUCUACCCACAAACACACCAGUAACAAGCCCCAGAGUUGUUCUUAAAUCAACUAGUUGUUACUAAUGUCAAAUUUAAACAACACCAAUGAGAGGUCUGAGAAGAAACAAGGUACAGCCCACCUCCUAAAAUUGUUCACAAAACUAAGGAAGGUGGGAAUGUGGCACCUCACAGAAACCUCCAAUAAAGAAAGAUGCUUUGGGUU